GACAGACGAUUGCGAGGAGACUGGAGAAGACACAAGCGCGUACGCCACCAAGUUCGCCUUCUAUUCUCGCCUCUGCAGCAUUCGCCGCGGACUCCGCCGCCUCCAACUUUCGCGGCGGCGGGGGGAGGUGUAAGAGUCAGAGGCGGAACAGUCGCGGUCCGCGGCGGCGCGGAGGGGGAUGGAGUACCGCGACAAGCUGGUGCUGGCGCCCAUGGUCCGCGUGGGAACCUUGCCAUUUAGGCUACUGGCUGCUGAAUAUGGUGCUGAUAUUACUUACGGAGAAGAAAUAAUUGAUCAUAAAUUCUUGAAGUGUGAACGUGUUUCAAAUGAAUCUCUCGGGACUACUGAUUUUCUGGAGAAAGGGACUGACAAUGUAGUUUUCCGGACUUGCCCACAAGAAAGGAGUAGAGUUGUAUUCCAAAUGGGCACAUCAGAUGCCGUGAGGGCACUUAAAGCUGCUCAGAUUGUGUGUCGCGAUGUUGCUGCUAUAGAUAUCAACAUGGGUUGUCCAAAGGCUUUCUCUCUUAGUGGAGGAAUGGGUGCCGCAUUACUCUCCAAACCUGUGCUCAUACAUGAUAUUUUGACAACAUUGCGGAGGAACUUGGACACAACAGUGACAUGUAAAAUCCGUCUUCUGAACACAUCUAAGGACACUGUGGAGUUGGCACGUCGGAUUGAAAAAGCCAGUGUUCCUGCUCUUGCUGUCCAUGGAAGAAAGGUCAAAGACAGGCCAAGAGAUCCUGCCAAGUGGGAUGAGAUUGCCGAUGUUGUGUCCGCACUGUCAAUUCCAGUUAUAGCUAAUGGAGAUGUAUUUGAGUACGAGGAUUUCAAAAGAAUUAAAGAUGCUACAGGUGCCGCUUCUGUAAUGGUUGCUAGAGGUGCCAUGUGGAAUGCCUCUAUCUUUUGUGCCAAAGGCAAAACACCUUGGGAGGAUGUCAAAAGAGAGUAUGUGAGAAAGAGCAUUUUGUGGGACAAUGAUGUGAAGAGCACCAAACAUACCUUGAAAGAAAUGAUAAUGCACUAUUCUUGCCUUGAACUUCCUGAAGGGAAAGCUGUGAUAAAGUGCGAUACAUCAGCAGAUUUAGCGAGAUUAUAUGGGGAGGAGGACUACUACAAUUUUGUUGUUUCAAAUAGGAUGUGAACACAAUUUGAUGUUACUGUCACAUGUCAACCAGCUCUCCUGCUUGGAUUCCUAUCCCAGUUUUGUUAACGGGUUUUGGAGGAAUCGAUACUGCCACCAAAGAACACAAGGUUUGCCGUUUUGGUUGGGCUUUGUGCUACCUGAUAUAGAUCCAUUGAGGAUUCACAAAUUGUUGAUUGUUCGGGACAGGAGCUGUUGAUCUUUCAGUUGUACUGAUGAUAGGUCCAUGACUCCAUGCCUGAAAUUUAGAAAACACCAUUCUUUUCUGAGGCUUAUAUAAAUUGUUUUGCUAUUUAGGAGCACGGAAAGGCUGGGUCAUGUACUAUUGGUGGAAAUAGUUGUAUUAUUAUCGGAUGGUGUCCUAAAUGUUUAUUUUUCUCCAUGGCUUACCUUUGAUUGGCAUUUAGCCUUGGCA